AUGGGAUCCUCAGCCUACUCGCCUCUGGAUCAGUUCAUCCAAGCAAAUAAUCCACGCAGGAAAAUUGAGAUCAGGAAGGGGAAUCGUGGAAGACCACGCAGAGCUGAAGAUGAGCCAGGAAUACCUCAGUUGUGUUGGCUUACUGUAAAAAUUAUAGGUAUGAGGAAUCUCCGCAAAGCAGACCUGUUAAGCCAAACUGACUGCUACGUGAGGCUAUGGCUGCCAACAGCUUCACACCAGGAAGUCCGGACAAGAACUGUAUCCAACUGCAGGAACCCUGUCUGGAAUGAAACCUUUCACUUCAUGAUACAGAGUGAAGUGAAGAAUGUGCUGGAGCUGACAGUCUGCGAUGAGGACACCAUCACACCUGAUGAUCAGCUUUUGACUGUUCGCUUUGAUGUAGCUAAAAUCCAACCUGGAGAGAAGGUUCGCCUGAUUUUUGAGUUGAAUCCAGAGAAUCAGGAAGAACUGGAAGUGGAAUUUCUACUGGAUAACAUUCCAGGUGUAUCUGAAAAAAUAGUAACUAAUGGUGUGCUAGUGUCUCGAGAAGUUUCCUGUGUGGAAGUACAAGUGGAUGACACAAAGAUGAGGAGUCCUUACACAAGAGAGGCUAUUGAUUUAAAUGGGAGAAAUUUCACCUUCAUAAUGAAGGGAUCCUAUGAAGAAACACGGAACAUUUCCAUGGGUCCUUCCUGCAGCCAGAGAGGCAGUGAUUCUACCAUGUUCCACUAUAUCAAGUACAGCCAACCCAACCUGGAUGUGAUGUUGCCAAAGGAAUGUUUAUACUGUGGUCAUGAUGCAAACAGGAGGGAAAAAGAUAUAAAUGGUCCUCUAUCUGUGCCUCUGAAUUCUCUGGACCUGGGAAAGAAAAGGACAGUAGUGAGAGAUGCAUCUUAUGAAGUGUCUGUGAAGGAAGAAGAUGGUAGCAAGAAUUUAGAUUUGCGUUUGGGGUUUGAGUUAUGUGCAGAGGAAAAAGAUUUCAUCUGUAAAAGGAAGAAAGUGGUUGCUGCUGCUCUAAAAAAUGUUCUUCAGCUCGAUGAAGAUUUGCAGGAGGAUGAGCAGGUGCCAGUGGUGGCAGUCAUGACCACAGCAGGGGGAGUCCGGUCCAUGACGUCAAUGUUUGGCAGUCUUCUAGCUCUACAGGAGUUAGGUGUUUUGGACUGCAUCUCAUACAUCAGUGGUUUAUCUGCCACAACAUGGACCAUGGCAAAAUUAUAUGAAGACGCAAAUUGGUCACAGAAGAAUCUCAGAGGGCCAAUUGAUGAUAUCCGGAAAUAUGUGAUCAAGAGCAAAUUGCACUGUUUCUCCACAGAUCAUCUGAAAUACUACGAGAAGGAGUUGUGUGAAAGAAAACUAGAGGGGCACAAGCUCUCUUUCACAGAUUUAUGGGGACUCUUCAUUGACUCUAUGCUACACAGUGAGGAAAAUACUCAUAAACUGUCUGAUCAGCAACUGGCAGUGAAUCAGGGGCAGAAUCCGCUGCCCAUUUACCUGUCUCUCAAUGUCAGGGAUAAAUUUAGCACUCUGGAUUUUAAAGAGUGGGUGGAGUUCACGCCUUAUGAGGUGGGUGCCCUGAAAUAUGGGGCCUUUGUUCGCUCAGAGGACUUUGGUAGUGAGUUUUUCAUGGGCCACCUGAUGAAGAAGAUCCCAGAAUCCCGGAUCUGCUUCUUGGAAGGCACGUGGAGUAAUAUAUUUUCCCAGAGUUUUAUGGAUAUUGUCUACCUCUCGGGUCAUUCAGAGGACUUCUGGCACAGAUGGACCAGAGGCACUGAGGAUGACAUUGAGGAGCACCCUGCUCUGCCCACUCGACCUCAUGAGCAGACAACUCGCUUAUCCCUUCCCAAGGGUUACCUUUCCAAUGGUCUUCGAGAAAUGAUGACAGGACGUCCAGCGGUUUCAUACUAUCAUAAUUUCAUCAAGGGCUUGCAGCUACAUAACAAAUAUUUAGAGAAUGAAAGCUUCUGCAUGUGGAAAGAUACAGUGCUUGAUUCUUCUCCCAACCAACUGAAUGCAAUGGAUGACUACCUUAAGCUGGUAGAUACAGCCUUCUUCAUCAAUACCAGCUGCCCACCGUUUUUGAGGCCAGAGAGGAAAGUGGAUGUCAUUUUGCAUUUAAAUUACAGCGGAGGAUCACAGACUCUGCCAUUGGACCUAUUCUCAGAGUACUGUUUAGAGCAAGGGAUCCCAUUCCCCUGCACAGAGCUGAGCCGCGAGGAUCGGGAGCACCUGAAGGAGUGCUAUGUGUUUGAGGACAGCUUAGAGGCACCAGUCUUGGUAUAUUUCCCACUUGUGUGUGAUACCUUCCGAAGAUACAAGGCACCAAAUGUGGAGCGCAGUCCCACAGACAUGGAGCAGGGAAGAGUAGAUGUGUCCAAUAUUUUUGCUCCCUAUGGCACUGGACAGCUUACAUAUACUGAAGGGAAUUUCAACAAGCUGUUGAACCUCUGCAACUACAACAUCCUGAAUAACAAACAUUUGAUUCUUCGGGCUUUGAAAACUGCAGUGGAACGAAAGAAGCGAUUUAAAAAUUGUUCACCACCUCAGUCAUCUGACCUCUCUUAAAGUAUAUUCAGACAAUUCCCGUCUGGAGAUAUACAGAUCUUUUGAUA